CCAACAAUACGACAAAGAAGCCUCCAGCCAGGCGGAUUUUUGGAGUUUAAUUUUACCAAAGCGAAAGGAAUUUAUCUGGAGUAAUCUAUAAUUUGAUGGAGUGUCGAGACCUCCUCACGAUGUCAUUUCCGGUCUACUCGAGUAAGGUCAACUCGCUAAGCCCAAACUACAAUUGCACAUGUUUUGACAACUGAACAUUGGCUCUACUACUGGUUAUUAACUGGGCGUGCGAACAUUACCAACGGAAAUACUAAGAUUUAAAAACACACUUUAUAUAGUACAGUCUUAUAGUAUGUAUGCAAGGCAGGACUACCAAGUGUUUAACAACCAGUACCCCACCAACGGAUAUUUUCACUCUUACGAAAACGGGAUCCAAUACACCCAAGAUACUGCCGUACCGCCUUGGACAACCCAAUCUCAACCACUACAACACAAGAUGGUUUAUCCUACAGAAACCUACAGCCAGACCAAUACUAAUUCAAGACUGGAUCCCACAAUAGCCUUCCCGGUCGCUCUACGACCCAGUGCUUUCGAACACAGCAGAUUUAUUGACAAGAUGCAACCGGUUCACACAAGAGUGAAAAAAGAAAAAUACAUCGAAUCGCCCCACCAUGAAGAACACUUUCCUGCAGCUGAUCCCCGACUGUGGACCAGAGAAGACGUCGCAAGAUGGUUGCGAUGGAUGUCAGAGGCCUACAGCCUAGACAACGUAAAACCGGAUCGCUUCGAGAUGAACGGUAAAGGACUGUGUCUUAUGACUAUGGACAUGUUCGUCUAUCGUGUACCUGAAGGAGGGAAACUUUUGUAUACUGACUUCCAAAGACGUCUGCGCUUAGCUGUUGGCUCGUCCAGUUAGAAAACAACAACGUUAAUAACUGUACAAUAAGGAGACUUGAAAAUGCAAAUACGGGAUGGGGUUUGAUGUGUGUGCGCUCAAGGAAAAUGCAUUUCUGAGGGUUUAAGUUUAUUUUUAUCAAGAUGGUUCGUUUUGUCGUGUUGCAAGGAAACGUGCGAAAAGGCUAGUGAAGCAAAGAGGCAAAAAUCAAAGCAGCAUUAGAGAAAAACAAAAAUGAAAGUGGCAACAAUCGAUAUGACUUGGUUAAUGCAAGAUAUCAGAGCUGUAAGUGAAGAAGGCCUCUCUCUUGCUCGGAUUGAGUGGCUCAUACCGCAUGGCCGUGUCAGACAUUCUCAAAUUAUAUCUAAUAAUAUAUAUGGUCAAAGAACAAAAAAUCUAUUUAACUUAAAGAGUCCAUUUUGAAAAGCACCCAAGCAUCUAGAGAUUCUAAUUUAGUUCGAGAUUCAUGUACGACUGAAUGACUAAAGCCUUGGGUUAAGGCAAAUGGGUAUCGGGGUGGAUAGAUUAUCACGGAAUAAAAGUGCGGCCAACUGUGCUUGGUUUCUAGCGAUUGUUAAAUCUGCAGUUACUGAAUGAUCCAGUAGCCUAAUGGUCUCGACUCGCUACCACUUAUAAGAACGACCCAGAGCUCAAGCCAUAACUAGAUUAUAUCUAUCUAUAUCAGUUGUCAUCGCCAAUAACACUGAUAACAAUACCUACUGAUAACUCGACUCACGAUUCAUUCAUGUGACAGAUAUUUGCCAAUACGUUUUGUUUGAUAUUUUGUGUAAAUAACGCAUUCGUAAGAGAAAACUAACUCGCAUAAAACGUGUAAAUAAAUAUUUUAUGAAGAAAUAUA